CCUGAGGAUAUGAUGAGCACAGAACACGAACUCGAACACGAAACUAUUACCCCUUCGGUUUUAUAUUCUUCCGAUUUUUCCUCGAAUGUUCCUUAUGAUUCUCCUGAUUUUCAUGAUCCGGCUCAAGCGCCCUCUCUUUCUGAUUCCAAUGCAACUGAUGAUUCUGUACCUCCUCAACCUUCUAAUCUUAGUACAACUUCUUCUUGUGUUUCCUUUGUUCCUUCGAAUGCCCUUUACCUGUCUCUCUUCUUUAUUCUUUUCUCAUUUAAAUUUAUUUAA